AGCGAGCAGGUGGGGCCGGCGCCCUCGCCGCUGAAGGACGGGGCUUUCCCCCUCGGUAGGCGUUAACUCAGCAUCAGUAUCGCGGUGUGCCCCUCAGGGUGGAAAAAUAUGCACUCAGACUGAGCUGGCAGUGGGCCUGAUGGCUGAAGACAGCGACCAGAAUGCCCUGGCGGGAGCAGGUGCUCUCCAGGAGGCCCUCAGGGCACUUCUGCCCCGCACUAAAGAAGAGCUGAAGUUGGACCUCAGUGAGAACGUGGAGAGGAGUGUGGUGAUGCUGCUGCAGCAGUCCGCCGACCUCUUCUAUGGGGGCGAAAGGAGCGAGUGUCUGCAGACAAGCGAGGCAAUCCUUGACUACUCCUGGGAGAAGCUCAAUACCGGGGCGUGGCAGGAUGUGGACAAAGACUGGCGCCGGGUUUAUGCCUUUGGCUGCCUUCUGAAAGCCAUGUGUCUUUGUGAAGAGCCUGGGGAUGCCACUGUGGCCACAGCCCUAAGAGUCUGUGACAUGGGCCUGCUGAUGGGGGCAGCCAUCUUUGAGGACAUCCUCAUCAAAGUCGCUGCUGUCCUCCAGAUGCACCUUCUCCCUGGAAAAAGGCCUGCCCAAGGCCCGGCCCAGGAGCAGCCCUGCAUAAAGAAAGCCAGGAAUGGCCAUGUGUCGAUUCCAGAUAUGAGGUCAGAGAAAGCAGUGCCCCGGCUUCACUGUCCGUCCCUCCAGCAUUUCAGAAAGCAUUACUUGAUGCCACAGAAACCUGUGAUCUUGGAAGGCGUGGCUGACCAUUGGCCAUGCAUGAAGAAGUGGAGCUUGGAGUAUAUCCAAGAAAUUGCUGGCUGCCGAACUGUCCCGGUGGAGGUGGGCUCCAGGUACACAGACGAGGAAUGGUCCCAGAGACUCAUGACGGUCAAUGAGUUCAUCAGCAAAUACAUCCUGAAUGAGCCGAAGGACGUCGGGUACCUGGCCCAGCACCAGCUCUUUGACCAGAUCCCAGAGCUGAAGCAAGACAUCAGCAUCCCUGAUUACUGUUGCCUGGGCGACGGGGAGGAAGAGGAGAUCACCAUCAACGCCUGGUUUGGGCCUCCAGGCACCGUGUCCCCCCUUCAUCAGGAUCCCCAGCAGAACUUCCUGGCCCAGGUGCUCGGGAGGAAAUAUAUCCGGCUGUACCACCCCCAGGAGUCAGAGGCUCUGUACCCUCAUGGCACACACCUGCUUCACAACACAAGCCAGGUUGACGUGGAGAAUCCCGACUUGGAGAGGUUCCCCAAGUUUGCCGAGGCCCCGUUCCUGUCCUGCGUCCUGUCCCCUGGAGAGCUCCUGUUCAUCCCGGUGAAACACUGGCAUUACGUGCGGGCCCUGGACCUGAGCUUCUCCGUCAGCUUCUGGUGGUCAUAGCCAGGGCAGGACGUGGGCCUGCUCUGGGCCCCCUGCUGCUGGGCCCUGCAGCCUUCACGGGGGCCCAGCUCCAGCACGGGGCCGGCAGAGGUGCGCCCGGGCCAGGCCGGCCAGAGCCCAGAGGCCAUUCCAGGCCCCACUGCGAGUCGAGGACACCGUGAGGCCUGAAGUGUUUGGGAAACGGGCAGGCAGUGUGUGCCCUGGCGGAGCCUGGGCUCUGAGGUUGGCUGCCUGGGUCUAAACCCUGCCCCACUGCUUAACUGCUGUGUGAUUUGGGGCACGUGUGUCCCCACCUGUAAAAUGGAGCACUGGUCCUCCUCACAGAGGGUCUGAGGUGCAGCGUGGGCAGAGCCCUGAUGCUCCGCCAGCAGUAGCUGUGGAUAAUCUUUUCUUACUCCUCGCCCAGGAACAUACUUGGCAAGAGGGAGAGACAUCGUGUGAGAGGGAACAUCAGUCAGUUGCCUUCCACAUGUGCCCCGACCAGGAACUGAAAUGGCAACGUUGCCGUGCGUAGGAUGGCGCUCAGCCAACAGCCACACGAGCCAGGCCAGCUGUCGCUAACCUCAAUAGCCAUUAUGUUUGUCGUGAUGGGGCCUCUCCAGACACCUCUGGGCAGACUUGGAGCCUGCGGGCUCUGGAGAGAGGUGGGCAUGAGCUAGAGCUCAGACCUCUGCUGGGCAGUGGGAAGUCUGGGAUGUUUCUGUUUGUUUCUUUUUCUUUUUUUGUUGAUUUUAGGGAGAGGAAGGGGGAGAGACAUCGAUGUGUCAUUCAUGCAUUCAUUGAUUGAUUCUUGAAUGUCCCAACCGGGGAGCGACCCCGCAAUCUCGGCGUCUCAGGACGGUGCUCCAGCCGAGCCAGUUUCUGCGCUGCCCUUGCUGAGUGUGACCUGCCUUCACAGAGCGCACGGGUCUUCUCAGCUUGACACGUCACCUGCGCACCCUCCCAGGCUGUUCCCAACGCCAGAAAGAGCCCUGGCCAGCUCCUGGAAGCCCUCCUGCCCCUGCCGGCCCCGCCCUCCCAGGUCACUCUGCUCUGGGGGAGCCCAGACA